AAGCCUAACAGUACAGUUGACAUGAUCAGCAGUGACAGAAUGGACUAAAGUGAAUAAAAGACACCCUUUUUUUUAGAGUCAUUGAUACUCUGUGGUUACCUGUUCUAGCAAGACAAAGGAUGAGUACUGACCGUACAGAAGAACAAAGUAGUGGGAAGAGCACCAUCAAAUCUUCUCCACCGAUGGCCUCAGAGUUUUUUAUAGAAAACUUACUUUCUAGACAGCCUACGACGAACUCAAACCAAGCUUGGGCAAUGGUCAAUCGAAGCAACUCGACUUGUAGCACACUUCCCAUAGUGUCAGAAGAACGUGAAACAUUUAAUGUAAGUAAUACUUGUUCAACAUCGUCCACACAACAUGCCUGGCUACAAAACCCCACCUGUGCUGACCGUUGGUCAGCUGAAGUCACGGUUAUCCCUGAUAGUAGCCCCUUAGCUACUGUUCAUGACGAAGAUUCAGAGACUGACACUCGCGAGGAUUUAGAGAACUGCCACGUGGAUAGCCAAUCUGAAAGCGAGGAAUCUACCAGCAGAUGUCGCUCAUCAGCUGAAAGAAAGAAACGACCACGAACGGCAUUCACAGCAACUCAGAUAAAGGCACUUGAAUCCGAAUUUGAACGGAGUAAAUACUUGUCGGUUUCGAAAAGGAUGCAACUUUCUAAAACACUAAAACUAACAGAGACUCAGAUUAAAAUCUGGUUCCAGAACAGGCGGACAAAGUGGAAGCGGAAAUAUACGAAUGACCUAGAAAUCAUGGCUCAACAAUAUUACCAGUCCUUAGGAGUUUACACAACUCGUCCAAUGUUUAUUGGAGAUCGUCUGUGGCUAUUCGGCUAUCCUCCCGGAGUCCCUAAUCCACCUAGUAGUUCGAUGUACUGUCUAGGACAACUACCGCCUUACUUGCCUUCAUGUGCCGGUUCCUUCUCCACCACCCGGCCAUCUCCGAUCCUGGAUCCCUCGGGGUUGAGUCCUAUUUCACCGCCGACAAAUAGUCUCGGUCCUACAGGACUAAGAGGACCUACUAGUUAGAUCAUCUUUUCAUGAUGUUGUUUUCCGGCAAAGUUUGACGAAACAGACUAUAUUAAGUUUCACGAGUUUGAUGUGGAUAUAUCGGUACAACGUGGAGUCUGGAGAGUAAUUUGUUGUGAACAGUGAUCACAUAUAAAUAUUCUUGUACCCGGUUUGUUAUUUCUUCAGUCUUCGAAAAUGUGACGUCAGCUUAGUAUUGAACAAAAUUUAUUCGACUGGUGAAUCAUAAAAAAAUCAGUUAAAAGUACGACAAACUAGCAGUUUGAACAAAAGUUUGUUUUGUUUUUUUUGGUCUUUUUCUGCGAGAAUCUUUUUUCCCUUUCUCGUCAGUAGAAACUUUAAACGUAAUAGUGUUUAGUUUAUAUCUCGCGUUAAAUGCCGUGACAACACGGUUACUAUCAGCACCCUCCACCCUUCCUUCUCCCCUUUUAGGACAAAGUAGUAAGGUGCCCACUGCUAAAAGCUAGUCGGAAUCAAUCUUUGUCCUUGUGAUUCAUUCAACGCUGGCAGGCCUAGUGGACAGACUGGUGAAAAAAAAAA